AGUUCCAGCUUGCCUGCGGUUGGGAGUACCUUCGCUCGACGUACCAAAGCAUCUACAUGUUCGGCGUCACGAUCGGGGCGCCGUUCAACGGGGUUCUGGCCGACAGGUACGGGCGUAAGAUGACCAUGGCCGUGGGUUUUGUCGCCUACUCCGCCCUGGCCAUCGGCUCCUGCUGGAUCCCCAACCUCUCGGCUCUCCUGCUCUCGCGCUUUCUCAUGGGCGCCGUCGACCCCACGAUACUGAAGACGGGAUAUAUACUAGGCAUGGAGGUCGCGGAUCCCAAGUGGCGCAUGCAUAUCGGCAUUGCAUUGUUUCUGCCAUGGGCGCUUAGUCUCAUGGCGUGGGGCGGGUUCGCUUACCUCGUCCGGGAAUGGCGGAUGCUUCAGCUGACCGUGUCUUUGCUGUGUCUGGCCUUCUUGCCUACUCUGUGGUUCAUGGACGAGUCGCCUCGGUGGCUGGCCGUGAGGGGGCAGCACCGGCGCGCCCUCCGAGUGCUGCAGAGGGCCGCCAGGUGGAACGGGGUCGCCCUGCCCCCCGAGGACGAGCUUCUGCUCCUGCUCAAGGACGGAGUCAAGGACGAGGCAAUGGUACGCCCGCACCAAGACGCCCGCGCCCACACCGCGAGAGGCUGGUUCAGAAGGCGUUUGGAUGAAGCAUUUAUUCUUUUCAGAACCCCCCGCCUUCGCACCAUCACCCUCAGCCUGUACACCAACUACCUACUGGUGGGUGCUGUGUACUUCGGCCUCUCGCUCAGCGGCGGCGACCUGAGCUCCGACCCGUUCCUGUACAUGGUGCUGACGGGGGUCGUGGAGCUGCCGGCCUACACGCUGGUCAUCCCCCUGGUGGCUCGCUACGGCAGGAGGGCUCCCGUUGUCGCCUUCUUCUUCAUGGGCGCCGUGGCUCUUCUCGCACUGCCCUUCGUGCCCACGGGUAGUGGGGAAUCGAUGACCUUAGCGCUUAUGGGGAAGAUGAGUAUCGCUUCGGCCUUCCAGAUCCUCGACUUUUACUCCUCAGAGCUC